CCGCGGUGUUAGAAUGUCACAUCACCACCACCACCACCACCAUGGCCAUGGUGGCCACGAUCAUGAUCAUGACCAUAGCGAUGACUUGACCCCCGCGUUCCAGUCGCUUUUAUAUAAGCAGAUCGAUUUCGAUGGAAUUGUCACGCUGAACGAAUCCGAGCCAAAGGCCGGCACUGCCAUCGUCAAGAAAACAUGGGCUCAGCGUUUAGACGAUAGCCCCGAGCUGGAAAGCGAUGUGGAUGAGCAGAUGCUGAUGUAUAUCCCAUUCACUGGCCAGGUUAAACUCCACUCCCUCUUGUUCUACGCACCUCCUACCACCUCCGCCCCAAAGACCAUUAAACUCUUCCGCAAUCGACCGGAUCUCGAUUUCUCCACUGCCUCCGAUCUCCAGGCCACCCAAACACUUACUGUUCCCCAGACACUCACAGGUUCAGAUGCCGAUGCCCUGGAGAUUCCCCUUAACCGAGCUCAGUGGAACACUACGACAUCUGUUACUUUAUUUUUCGAAGAUAACUGGAGUGGGGGAGACGAGGAGGUCACAAAGGUAGGGUAUAUCGGCUUUAAAGGGCAUUAUAUGGCUCUCAUCAGAGAACCGGUUACGGUGUUGUAUGAGGCAGCGGCCAACCCGAAGGAUCAUGUUAUUAUACAAGGUGUGGGCGAAGGGGUUGGAAGGACGAUUGGACAGUAGGACGGGUUCCGUGGUGGACAUACUGGAAGAUAUGAUAGAUCUCUAUUAUUCUAUUAGUUUAG